GAGGAAUUUGAUAUUGACAAAGAAUUUCUCCAAAACUGGACUCGAAAGAAGGCACUAUGGAAGCUUCAAAAGGACUAGUGUACCAUUAACGGCUUCAUAUCAUUGAGCAAAGUAUCUUAAGAUCAAGAGAAGCUAAGAGCCUGGUGAGCGCAAAAUCAAGUCUUUUCAAAUUAUUAUCUUCAUCGAGUUCCACUUUGGAUUAUGUUUCAGUGCCAGUUUUCAAGAAUGUUAUGGAACUCAAUCUCUCUUUUCCACUUUGAGCAAGUAAAUAGGUAUGCUAUAACUGAAUGGUUCACAAAUAAUUUCAAGACUCAAGCUUCUCUUUCAGCAGUGUUUUCCACGCGAUUUGCGCAUCCAGCGCAUCCAGCGCAACCAGCGCAACCAGCGCAACCAGCGCAACCAGCGCACCCAGCGCGUUCGGCGCAAUAUGCGCUAUUCGCGCUGGUUUCGCUACAGAUUCAGGGUUUUCAGACGAUUCAGGUCUCUGUGCCUGGUCUUCAUCCACCCAACUUAUAUUCAUUCUCUCUUGCACCUGAGACUAUUUCCCCAGGGCAAAAAUGAUUCGAUCAGACGCUAGCCAGAACAACAGCUCUGGUGCCCAUUUGUCUCCUUUCCUUAUCGUAGAUUUUUCUUAUUUUAUUAACUCGACUGGUUCUUCUCCCUCAAACAGCCUUAGCGUUCCCAAAAUGCUGAUGAUCGUAAGGCUCUGUA